AUGGGAAGGAGAGAGAAAAAGCUCCUGCCCCAGAGAUCUCUGCAGACAGUUACAUUUUUGGCAAUUCUUUUCUCUGCCUGUUUUGCAAUGUGCCAAGACCUUGAAAACAGGGCAGUGACCGAGCACCAGCUCCUGAACGACAGAGGGAGGGCGGUGCAAGGGCUGAAGCGCCUGAUGUGGCUGCAGCACGCCCUGGGUGCCGUGCACACCGCCAGCAGCAGGGAUAGCCCAGCCCCGAAUGCCGGGUGGGACGCGCAGAAGAGCCAAGAUCCCUCAGAUUUCAACAACAACGGAGAAUGGAGCUUCAACAGCGAUGGAGAUGAGGUUUCAAGCCCGGUGAAGCAGCUGCUGGAACCGAUGGAAGCUCAGGGACUCCUCUCGCUAAAGCAGCUGGGUGGGAAGAUCCCAAAGGGUAACUGGAACCCACAGCACCUUUUCGACCCCCUUUGA